CACAUCUGUGUAUUCACCUUUCUUAAAGGGUUUGUUGCCUGUUUGGGGGUUUUUGGCUUCAGCAAGGUCCUUUGUUGUUCUGGCCCUCAGAUUCUUCCAUCUAAAUUUCACUUGCUCCAAGGUCCUCUUCUGGCCAGACCCCAAUGCAUUCACAUUCUGGGUGAUUUCAACCCAAAUGUCUUUCUUCCUUUUGUUAGUCACCAUUCCACCCACAACAGAGCUUCCUACUAUUGAGGCAUAAUGGCACUUAACACCCUCCAGCAGUGCAUGGGUUUCUGCAACAGUGAAAUUAGGUCCUUUUGAGUACAUGGUUCCACCUCAUCUGUUGCAGUGAACAUAGUAUUUAUAGGCCUGGGGCAUGAUUUAUUUAAUUGAACACAAGCCACAGCACAUCAGCCAAUUGGUGUGUGGGAAAUUGACAGCCAUCUUAUAUUCAGCCUUUCUCAGAGGACUUAGAGAGAGGCACUGACAUGGCAGGUAUUGCCCAUCGCUACCACCGUUUUGGUGGAAGAGGAUACCGUCAAAGGGUGUAUGUUGAGCGUGCACAACCACUGGAGCAGUACACCACUGAAGAACUGUAUGCUCGCUUUCGCUCCGGGAAUGCUGAUAUUAAGUACAUUGCAGACCUUGUCAGGCCAAAACUUCAACGGAGAACCCGAAGGAGUCACAGUCUGUCUGUGGAACAACAGGUCCUCAUUGGUCUGCGCUUUUAUGCAUCUGGGACUUUCUACCAAGUAGUUGGUGACAAUAUAGGAGUGGACAAAUCAACUGUGAGUGAUGUAGUGAAAGCUGUGUCAAUUGCUUUGGCGAGCCUGGUCAAUCAGUUUGUAUCACUUCCAAAGGAUGUCCAGAUUGCCCAGACCAAGCACAAGUUUUUUUUACUUUGGGGAACAUUCCCAAUACUAUUGGGGUUAGUGACUGCACUCAUGUGCAUAUCCAAGCACCCCAUGAGAGGGAUUGGGAGUACAUCAACCGAAAGGGGAGGCGCAGCAUCAACAUCCAACUUGUGGGCAAUGCUGACCUCAUCAUCACAAACUGAGUCGUGAAGUGGCCUGGGUCUGUUCAUGAUGCACGUAUCCUGAGAGAGAGUGCUUUAUACAGAGAGCUCCAAACCAACCGACCAGAUGGCAUA